ACAAGUUUUGUAUACAUUUUCCUGGAAAAUAACUCUAUUUUCCAUUAUAGGGUGGAAUGUCUAAUGAGAUGUACAAUACCAUAGCCCGUGUAACAGAUGGAAUCUAUGAAGGCAUUGCUAUUGGAGGUGAUGUGUUUCUAGGCUCCACUCUUUCUGAUCAUGUUCUGCGGUUUAACAAUAUUCCACAGCACCCCAAAGCCUUAUCAUCCCUCUGUUAUGAAAUUGAUGUUUCUCCUCGCCACUCCAUAGAUAGCUCACUGAAGUUAUUUUCAUGGGACACAAUCACGCACUCACACCUCUCGACUUCUCCUCAUCAGUCCCCGAACAGUUUAGGCUUCAGAUAUUUGGAUGUGAUAAAAUCAAAUGUUAUCUGUGGGAGCUCCGAUGGGAAUGACAAUGACGAUAAAGCUCAGGAAGAUCAAUAUGGCGACAUAGGCGUAGUCUUGAAGAUGAAUCUAAAGAGAGUAAUGGCAAAUGAUUUUCUCUUUCUUGUUUGCAUGGGAAAAUGGUUGAAGAUGAAUUUGAAGAGUCAGUUUGUGGGUGACUUUGUAGAUUGA